AUCGUAUCGUACGACAUCGUAAAAAGCAAAGAAAAACAACACGUGUGGGUGUGCCAUGCAUGCGCGCCGAUAGUGUCUACGGUUAGUUACGUACGUCUAGCUCUCUGUUUACAUUUUAUAGUACGAAUGUGCCGAUGGUCUGAGUUGUGCGGCAAGAGUUCCGCCAAAAACGUCGGCAGAAGUCGGUAGACCCUAAGAAAAAAAAUCAACACCCUGAUCGUAGCCACUCAACCAGGCAUGCAGAAGAAGCCUAUGUGAUCCAUGUCCUGUUAAACGUGGAGGUCAUUCUUGGUGACAUCACUAAACACUGGUGUGCUAAGACCUUGGAGUUGGGCUAAGAAAACUACACACAGUGUGGGGCCUUGGUGAGUGUGGAUAGAGGGACUGACCACUGUGUUUUGGCCAUUGGCUGACCCCUGACCUUCGAGGUCCUGAAGUUAGACCACAGGGAGUAGUCUGUACUGGAGGGAACUCUGAAAAAAGGUGUAGAAGUUACUAACAGUGGCCAAGGAGUCAGCUAUGGGGGCUCUACACGUGAUGCUUGUGUCACUCGUCCUGAUACUCUCUAUGGGAAUAGCCGACGUUUCAGGCCUCCUGUCUUUGGAUCAGAAUGGGCCACACGUCUGUACAAGAACGGAGAGCUAUCAUGUAACACUUAUGGCCACUAAGGAAACAGCUUUUGAACAGAUUUACUACACCAGCUGUACCGACAUUCUGAACUGGUUCCGCUGUACACGGAGAAGGACAAUGUAUCGCGUCGGAUAUUAUCAGAAAAUUGAAACACAUUAUCGGGACAUAAGAGAAUGCUGCAAUGGCUACGCACAGUCUGAGUCACUAUGCAUUCCUCUUUGCCAUACUGGGUGUGUCCAUGGAGAGUGCACAGCCCCUGGCAUCUGUACAUGUUCACCGGGCUAUCGGGGAAGCACAUGUAACAGCCUGUGUCUUUCCAACCAAUGGGGUCCCAGUUGCGCCAACAACUGCACUUGCCUCAACGGCGCCUCUUGCGAUGCUGGGACCGGGAGUUGUACAUGCGCUGCAGGUUACAGGGGAGAUAGAUGUGAACUGCCUUGCCAAACUGGCUACUUCGGUCCACAGUGCAGCCAGACUUGCCAAUGUAUGAACGGAGGGACAUGUGAUCACGUGAGCGGCGCGUGCCAGUGUGCAGAUGGCUUCCAAGGAGCAUUGUGCCAGAAUCCAUGCCCAUUUGGAACUCACGGUCGGAACUGUUCCAUGAUGUGCCAAUGCCAGAAUGGAGGAGUGUGCGACACGAGCACCGGGGCGUGCGACUGCCCUGCCGGCUUCACCGGCGAAGUGUGUGCCCAAGUCUGUGGUCUGGGUACGUAUGGCAAAGACUGUACAGGAACGUGUCAGUGCUACAACGAGUCACCGUGCCAAUCAGCCACAGGCGUCUGUGUGUGCAGUCCUGGAUUUGUCGGUGAUCGUUGUGAGAUGCAGUGCCUCCACGGAUACUAUGGCCAGCAGUGCCUGGACAGAUGCCAGUGCACCAAUGGCGGAACGUGCUCCAACGUCGAUGGACGUUGCACAUGCCCUCCUGGAUUUACUGGUGCAACAUGUGACCAAAGCAUUUGCCCACCGUGGUAUUUUCAUACCAACUGCACCAGUGAAUGUGAAUGUAUCAGGCUAAAUUCAUUUGGAUGUCAUGGUUUGACCGGCCAGUGUUUCUGCAAUGACGGCUUUGUCGGUACGUACUGUGAGUACGGCUGUCCUCAUGGUUUUUAUGGCUCAGGCUGCUAUGAGAUAUGUCAGUGCCAGAACGGGGCCCGCUGCGACCGAGUAGACGGCUCCUGCACCUGCUCUGCUGGCUUCCAGGGAGUCUUGUGUAACGACACCUGUCCUGUAGGUUACUAUGGAAACGGGUGUAGUCAGCGCUGUGACUGCGGCGUGAACAGUGAAAAAUGUGACAACGUCGACGGAAGCUGUGUUUGCAGUGAUGGUUGGCAAGGGUUGAGGUGUGACAUUCCUUGUAGUGCUGGUUUCUACGGCAUUGGAUGCAACAUGCCCUGCCCGUGUGCCAACAAUGCGCUGUGUGAUCAUGUGACCGGCGUCUGCGAAUGCCCCCCAGGCUGGGAUGGAGCAGACUGCUCAUUGGUUUGUCCUCAAGACCAGUAUGGUGUAAACUGUAUGCAUACUUGUGGCUUCUGCCAGCCUAUGAACUCCGUAGGCUGUAACAGCGCCACUGGAGAGUGUCAGUGCAUCAAUGGUUACUCAGGCGUGAACUGCAACAGUCUGUGUCCCCUGGGUACCUGGGGUAUGCUGUGUAACGAGACGUGCACCUGUAUGAACAGCGGGUCCUGCUCAGUGCAAGACGGAUCCUGUGAAUGUCAGCCGGGAUAUACUGGGACUAACUGUCAGGACACAUGCCCGGCAGGGAUGUACGGACCCAACUGCAUGCAUCCCUGCACUGCCUGCCCCAACAGCAACACUUGCCACCCCGUGGAUGGAACAUGCGUGUGCGCUGCUGGAUACAAGGGCAACAAUUGCGACCAAGUGUGCGAGAGUGGCCAUUACGGGGUCGAGUGCAUGGGCGUCUGCUCGUGUAAGAACAACGCUACGUGUAACCCCGAGGAUGGUACCUGCCAGUGUUACCCAGGAUUCGUCGGCGCAGACUGCAGUAUGCCUUGUCCGGCCAAUCGCUACGGCCUGGACUGUGCUUUGACCUGUUCCUGUGAGAAUGACGCAACCUGCGAGCCGUACGACGGCGAGUGCAAAUGCCCAGCUGGCUGGAGCGGUCCAAGGUGCACUGAAAGAUGCCCACAGGGUAGAUUUGGCCUCAAAUGUGCCGAGUCCUGUCAGUGCAACACGACCACCACCAAAGCCUGCAGUCCAGACAACGGGUACUGUGAGUGCAAGGUCGGCUACAGAGGGCAGACUUGCAACGAAUUCUGCACCAAUGGGCAUUAUGGACUAGCCUGUCAGCUGGACUGUGACUGCCAGAACGGCGCAUCCUGUAGCCCCUUUGAUGGAACGUGCUACUGUGAACCAGGCUGGCUGGGUACCAAGUGCACGGACAAAUGUCCGCCUGGGCAGUUUGGACCGGACUGUUUGCAAGCCUGCACGUGCCAGUUGGGGGCGCCCUGCGAUCACGUGACAGGAGCCUGCGACUGCCCUGCCGGCUACGGCGGUGCUAGCUGCGAGAAAACAUGUCUAGCAGGCUAUUACGGAAGGAAUUGCCUCCAGAAAUGCAACUGCGCCAACGAAAACUUUGCUUGUGACAGCAUCCAGGGAUGUGUGUGCACCAAUCCAAAGGAGUUUGGAGCGGAGUGCAAUAAUGGUGUCCAGGGCGGUCAAACAGACAACAGUGACGGCCCAGGCGGGGGUCUCUAUGCCGGCAUUGCCGGGGGUGUCAUUUGCCUCAUUGCUCUCAUCCUUCUCCUGUUGCUCUUCCUGAGGAAACGGAGAAGGAACAAGGAAAAAUACGAGGGACCAGGCGUUGUUUUUACCAGGGAAACCAACACUAUGAAUUCCACGCCCAACCAUGUCCGCAUCCUGCCCAAUGGCACGAUGUGCGCGUCCAACGACCUCAGAAUGCAUAACAACUCACUGAACCUGCCCCCAGCCAAGAACAUAGAGCCAGAGGGCGCUUGCGCCGCGGCCAUGGCCCUCGAGAGCAAAGAGGCGGAAGCGGAGGCAACUAACCCAUACCAAUACCACUUACUGCACAACCAAGAACCUUGCAGUGCGUACGGCGACGUCAAUCGCUUCAAUGGGCAGGUGCCCAACAAGUUAACACAUGGCAAAGGCAAAAGGAUAGACAAUGAUGGUUUCUUGUCCGAGAAACCGGACAAUCCGGGAACCGGGUUCACGGAAAAUCCGUACGCCGAGGUUGGAGAGAUGAUGUCUAGGCAUCAGCCGGGCGACCGCCACACCUUCUCCAGCUUCCCUGCUGACCAUGUCUACUCUACCAGCAGAGGAGCAACUUUACCCAACACUUCCCACUAUGAUCGUCCGAGAGACCACCCAGAGAGCUUUGUCGCCUUGGCUCCAAACACCAACCAAGAUCCUGAGGCCCACUACUAUUCAACUUCCAUACAACAAUAAAAUGGGUAAUCCAUUCCACAUCGCCGAAAGACUAUUCAUUUGGUCUACUUUUAUAAAGCCUUACUGUGUCUUUCUUUGUUUUGUUUUUUAAGACUGGGAGUGUAGCAAUGAUCUGUUGUAGUUAUUGAUAGUGCAGGCAUAUAUAAUCUACACAGAAGUGAUACAGUCACAUAAAUGUCUCGUAAUCCAAGGAGUAUCGGAUAUGAGCUUUAAAACGUAAUCUUCGGGACAGAAGUCUAAAAGAACUGUUAAUAAUCGAGUAUAAAGCCCUUGUUGCCAAUGAACUUCAAAUUUCGAGCACUUCACUAACAUGCAAUAAAGAGUGGAAGAAAGAGUGAUUUGCAAGGGCAUUACAAAAAUAUGCAAUAUGAUUUGUACUUAUUGAUUUGCAUAAAAUUGAAGUUUUUAUCCAGACUUGAUGGACACAUUUCUUGGCCAGCAUCUGGCCAAGAAACUUUCGAGAUACCUUGUUAAAUAAGAUACUUAAAGAAUGAAUUCCAUUAUAUGCCAGUUGGUGGUGCAUUUGAUGCUGGACAAAAUGUGAUAAGUUUGUUAUCAGUAACUGCGUGAUCGUGUAAGAUUUACCCGUGGAAUCUGACAGAUCAUGUGUAUGCCAGCUAAAUCUUUACUUCGAAAAGUGCAAAGACGGUGUAAAUGUUUGGUAUGUAGAAGCUCAUUACACUUACAGGGUGAGUAAAAAACAAACGAAACCCAAAUGUUGGGACCAAUUUUUUUAGUGAAGUUCUGCAUGGAGCACUUUCAAAAUCUAGGAUAUGAA